UGAGGGCAGGGGACUGGACUUGAUCUCCCGAGGUCUCUUCUGGUUCUAAUAUUCUAUGUCUGGGUGACGCGCAUUGCAGGACCCGCUUAUAAAGAGCCUUGGAACUAGCUCGCCCCUCCCUCCAGCCUGCCUGUGGAUUUUGGCAGCGUGACCCACUGGGAUCUCGUGGGCACCAGUGCCAGGGACCGCUCGGUGGGGCUUGUCUGACAAACUCACACAGGUGGCAAGUCCUGGGCUGUGGAUCAACAGGCUGCAGGGUGCUGCGCAAACCCAGAAAGGCUCUGAACUAGAUUGGAGGGAGGGGUGAAUGCCAAGCCGGGCUGGGGUUUUCCUACCCCCUCGCUGCACCCAUGGGCUUGUAGCUACUUGCAUGAGAUUAUAAACCUCUCAUUAGUAUACCACUGCAAAGCAAGAGUGUAAUGAUUCCAGCACAGCCAUGCCAAAACUCAUAUUUUCUCAAUAAAUUAAACCCUUCCCUUGGUUACUACUCGGUUAAAUCAGCAGGGCCCUCAAACAUUUAUUUAUUUGCCAUUUCUGCUUUUGCCCUUUAAGGGUUAUGGCUUUGCUGCUUGAAAUAGGCUCUUGGAUUUGUCCCCCACCCCUCAAAAAAACCCAGGCUGUCAUCUUUUAUCUACUGAGGCCGUGUUUAAAAGUUUUGUGGCCUCCUCCCAAUCUAGCCCUAGAAAAAGGGGGAGUGUUGUGUUACCCUGACACCUAUUUGUGACCCCCUAACCCAACUCCCCAUUGUAAAACCCAGGCUGAAAAGCCCUGCUUUUGGCCCCGUGUUUGGUUUUGGUGGCAAAUGCUUUGAAGAAUGGUCACACUUAAAUGACUGCUUUAAUUUAUUUUCAUGCUAAUAGGGUUAUCUUUGUUAAAGUUAUUUCUAAACGAUCUCCUGCUCUGAGCUUAUAUUUGGGGGCUAAAGUGCCAGCUUUAAACGGCUCCAAAAUAUAGGAGAUUAGGCACAUCAGGGUCGACUAGGAGAAUAGUUUGUAUCUGUUUUUUUUAUUUGUACUGCUGAAGUAUCUAGGAGCGCAGUCAUGAACCAGGCUGCACUGAACUAGGCCCUGCAGAAACACAGAACAAAAAGAGCUUCCCAGCCUAGAGAGCUGGCAGUCAAAGUCCAAAAGACAAGAAGACUGGGGAGCGCAGAGACCCGAUAUAACAGUGCUGGCCAGCACGAUCAGUGGUAGUUUCCGCAGCCUGGCUCUUGUCAAUUUUUUGUAGGGAUAUGGCAAAGGGGAUUUUUCAGGAGGGAUUUGAAAGAGCAGAAUGAGGUCGCUUUGGUGACGUUUACAGGGAGCGCCUCCCAUGAGGGAGGGCCAAAUGGAUAGGGAUACACAGAGACAGAGGCACAAUUCACAAAAACAAAAUAACAAAACCCAGUUGCUCCACCGUCCCCAAAUAUUACGCUGCUGUCCCAAUCCUGUCGGGGUACUAGGUUGCUGACUUCCACGCAUGCUAGUGCUACCUGCUGGCUGUCAGCGUGUGAGGCAGUUUGACCGUGCCAAGGUGGGUAAGCGAGUAAUUUUUAUUGAACCAGCCUCUGUGGGUGAAAGAGAGAAGCUUUCGCGCUCCACAGAGAUCUUCCUCUGGUCUGGGAAACCAGCUAACGAACUGAGUGGGUCACAAGGGAACAAAUUGUAUAGCAUCAGUGGUUAACGCAUUUCAAGGGACCGUAUAAGUCACUAACCAGUGAAUUGUAGGGCAUACCGUCGUUUAAUGACACUUUGUAUUUGGACAGAGGCAUGGUAUGAUUUGCUUCAAGUGCAUUGCUCUUCACACACCAUUCUGUGUGCGUUUGUUUAUCGCUUUGUGUGGUUUCAGGGCUAAUGUAGUGGAUGAAUAUGACUUUGGGGAAAAUACAGGGGAAUGGGUUAGAGUUUGGUGCCUGAAAGAUCUGCUUAGUUUUCCAAUCCCUGUAGAAUUAUACCCAUUUGAGAAUAAUGAGGUAUGUGGUCAGUUUUAAAUCUUCUCUCUGGUGGCUUAGACAUGGAUGGACACACACAACUGCCUCCACACCCAGUUAUCCUCCACUCUGGGUCUUGUGGAGUCCUGUUGCUGCUUUCUUUGAGAUUCUGGCUGUUAAACUGCCCUGUGGGUUUUGUUCACAGCUCCUCGCCUGGCCCGGGUUGGGAUAUUGCUUUUGCGGCCCAGUGCCGGGGCUUCCAUUCAUGCGCAGUCGCUCCAUCAGACGCCAGCGACCGAUCAUGCUGACAGCGCAUCCCAGGUCCAGCAAAAGAAGCCGGCCACAGUCCAGAAAACCCCCCUCGUCCCCACCAGCCGGGGAGAGUACGUUGUCACCAAGCUCGAUGACCUGAUCAACUGGGUGCGGCGGAGCUCCCUGUGGCCGAUGACUUUUGGGCUGGCGUGCUGCGCCGUGGAGAUGAUGCACAUGGCGGCGCCUCGCUACGACAUGGACCGUUUCGGGGUGGUAUUCCGGGCCAGCCCUCGGCAGGCAGACGUCAUGAUCGUGGCCGGCACCCUGACCAACAAAAUGGCCCCCGCCCUUCGAAAGGUGUACGAGCAGAUGCCUGAACCACGCUACGUGAUCUCCAUGGGAAGCUGUGCGAAUGGCGGCGGAUACUACCACUACUCCUACUCCGUGGUGAGGGGCUGCGACCGCAUCGUGCCAGUGGACAUCUACGUGCCAGGCUGCCCGCCCACCGCGGAAGCGUUGCUGUACGGGGUCCUGCAGCUGCAGAAGAAAAUCAAGCGGGAGAAGAGAAUUCAAAUCUGGUACAGGAAAUAGCCUCCCUUAUUUAUGAGCUAGAUAUUCGCUAUUCACUGACAGAGCAAUGUAUUUGUAUCCCCACGCACACGCAAUAAAACAUGAUCCGUUUCA